UUUCACCGUCGAUUUCUUCACUUGCUUUUUGGCGGAAUCCUUGCGAAUCACCAUUUUGGGUACUUGUUGAUGCCGGCGACGAGACAGUGACCGUAGCGGCGGUCGUCUUAGAAGUUGCGCGCCAUCACGGCGUUGCGCCCGGCGUAACGACCUUGAAGCAGGAUUACGGCUUUCCCUGGUUUGAGAAACUUCACCAUUUUUAGGGUUUUCUCUCUCCUCUCGAAAGGGGGCUGGGUUCUGUUUUCGGUCUUUUUACCCAUUUAGAUCGUUUCAGUUUUCACCUUUGAGCUACCUAGCAGCACCACUCCCCUCUCUCCUCUCCUCCACUAAUGCGUUCUCUGAAUUCUUCAUUGAAACAACUUCAGGCUUUGGUUUAAACUACCCAUUCAUGUCAGAACAAAACCAUGAAAAUGAACCUAUUCUCCCUGGGCCUGGGGCGGCUGCCCCUCCUGCCAGUGAUCUGGGAUGGGCCCGUCCUCGACAUCACCGGAGUUUGCUUGCUUCACAUAAAAUAGGGCAUUGCCUGUCUGAUUGGAUUAUCAAUGAAAACAAGACUAAAUGCUUCAAGUGCAUAUCAGACUUGAAGUCUUGGGAUGAGUCAGAGGCCUAUUGUAAGGACCAUAGAGGACACUUAGCAUCUGUGUCAUCGCUUCAAGAGUUGAAAUUUGUUCAAGACCUAUGUAGAAUUAAUGUUGAUGGUUGCUGGAUUGGAGGACGAGGACAAUCUACUUCUGGGCACGGUUGGAUGUGGUCUGAUCAUAAAUCUCUGCAUAAUGACUCCUUUUUACCCAAGGUGCAGCAUGUAUCAAAUUGUGGCAACCUGUCCUGCAAUAACGGAAGUGAUUCAUGUUCUUUGUUGUCCGAUGGGGCCGUGCCCAUUAAAGCUGUAGGAUGCAACCAUUCUCAUGCUUUCAUUUGCACAGUUGAUACAGGAAACCAAUGCUAUGGAGGACAGUGCCAAAACUUGUAUAUAAUUAUCCUGGCAGUUGUUAGCGGUGGGAUUCUCUGUGCCACAUUAGCUGUUGUGGUUUGGUUACUUGUCUACAGACGAAGUAAAAGGCGUAGAAGGUCCCGUAGGCAAUCAAAUCUAGUAGCAUCAUCUUUAGUGCCUCCAUCCUGGAAGGUCUUCACAAUUGAGGAGCUGAAGUCUAUUUCAAAGAAUUUCAGUGAGGGAAAUCGUCUUCCUGGAGAAUCCAAAACAGGAGGUACAUAUAGUGGCAUUUUAGCUGAUGGUUCAAAGGUGGCGAUUAAGAAAUUGAAAAGGUCCAAUUACCAAAGGAAAAAAGAGUUCUAUUCUGAAGUUGGGAGAGUUGCACGGCUUCAUCACCCAAGUCUGGUAUCUGUGAAAGGGUGCUGUUAUAACCAUGGUCAUCGCUAUAUUGUUUAUGAAUUCAUAGUGAAUGGUCCUCUUGAUAGGUGGCUGCACCAUGUUCCAAGAGGUGGUAGAUGCUUAAGCUGGCCCAUGCGAAUGAAAAUUGCCACAACCCUUGCCCAAGGAAUCGCAUUUUUACAUGACAAGGUCAAGCCUCAAGUUGUGCAUCGAGACAUUCGUGCAAGCAAUGUGCUUCUCGAUGAAGAAUUUGGAGCACAUCUAAUGGGAGUUGGACUCGCAAAGUUUGUGCCAUGGGAAGUUAUGCAAGAGAGGACUGUAAUGGCUGGCGGAACUCAUGGGUACCUAGCUCCAGAGUUUGUCUAUAGAAAUGAGCUUACAACAAAAAGUGAUGUGUAUAGCUUUGGAGUCUUGCUACUUGAGAUUGUGAGCGGGCGUCGUCUUGCCCAGGCUGUUGAUUCAGGUAGUUUGCAGAGUAUAUUCGAGUGGGCUACACCCCUUGUACAGUCCCAUCGCUAUCCAGACUUGCUAGAUCCAGUCAUAUCAAGCUCAUCCUCUGAGAUUCCAGAGGCCGGAGCAAUUCAGAAAGUAGUUGACCUUGUCUAUUCUUGCACUCAAAACUUACCUUCAAUGAGGCCCCGAAUGUCUCAUGUUGUGCAUCAGCUUCAGCAGUUGGUUCCAUCAGCUCCUGCUGUAGAGCAAGCUCAACUUUAGAAUCAGAUAAAUCAGAGUAUGUCUGGCCUGAUCCACAUAUCCUAGCAAUGAUGCAUUAAACUGAUUUGCUUUUAAUCGGAAGGUUAUCCCUGACUAUGAAACUAUUGCAAUACAGCAUCAUUAUUUAUAUGAAGCAGCAGUUUUAUUGACAUUGAUAAUCUUCGGAAACCUCAUAUCCUCUUUAAAAUAUGUACCUGAUCUAUGCAGGUUUCCCAUAAUCACAAUGUUAACACUUCUAGUUGUCCCAAACUAUGAUCAUGAAUGUGUGUUAACAUGUCAAACAUAAUAUGUCGAUGUUAACAUUUCUACAAGUCCCAUAAAAAAAUGAUCAAAGUUUUAUAGAGGAAGUGUUGAUGAAAUAUUGGUUCAAUUUGAACUUAAACAACAAUUUAAUUAAUUUUUUAAGCUA